GUGUAUGGUGGUCGAAUAUUCAUGGCAUUACAUCUGCUAGAUCAAUAUUGUUGCCUUAAGAGAAUAUUUAUGCAUUGUAGAUCUAUACCCCAUGCAUACACAAUGCCGUGUAUACAAGUUCACAAGUUUAAGGUACAGUGAAACCUGUGUAGUGUGGUCAACUCUGAGCGUAUGUGAAAUCUAUGUAUUGCUAAGCCCCAACACCUGGCAAAUGUGUUUCAACAUGAUCACUACUUCAUGUAGUAUUAGUCAGCUCAAGGCGACCACUGUUUUUAGGUUCACAGGUUUUGUGUGAAACCAAAAUGAAAGUUUACAUAUACAAGUAUGCAAACAGAUCAAGGGUGAUCGACGAAUUGAAGUGUCAAUGAAAACUAAACACAAGAAAUAAGCUAUAAAAUUCGCCAAAGGAUGAUUAAGGAACACAUUUAGUCUCUCGAAAUUGUUCAAAAAUUUGUUUAAUAUAAAGAUGGCCGAUGCUGGUAGCCGCUACAUGCAACAGUCCAAGGACAUCCAAAGACUGCAGCCUUACAUCUUGAAAGGAGUUGUAUCAACUGGUAAACAUCUCGGCCAUGGUGCAUUCGGAUCUGUCAUAGAGAUGAGGAUGAUAGGAGGAGCUUUUUGUGCGGGGAAAAGGAUACAUGAUGCUUUGAUAAGCCCUCAAAAUGAAGGAGUACAAAAAAUGAUUGAAAAAUUUGUGGCGGAAUGUGAGCUCAUGUCCAAGAUGCGCCAUCCAAAUAUUGUCAACUUCUAUGGCCUAGCUUUCCUUGAUGAUAGCUCCACCCCGAUCCUUGUCAUGGAGCAGCUUGACAGGAGUCUGGAAGAUUACUUGGAGAGAUCACAAAUGAAAGAUCUCCCAUUUUCGAUUCGAGUCUCAAUUCUCUACGAUGUCGGCAAAGGGCUCGUCUUUUUGCACUCCUAUCAACCACCCAUCAUACAUCGUGACCUCACUGCACGAAACAUUCUCCUCACUACAACCAAGCAAGCAAGGAUCGCAGAUCUUGGCAACUCUCGCAUCAUCGACACCGAAAAAAUUACCAGGACUCUCAGUCAAACUCCUGGUACUCUGCUUUACAUGCCACCCGAGGCUCUCGAGUUUAAACCAAAGUACGGUGCAAGUCUGGACAUGUUCUCUUUUGGACAUGUCGCCCUCUUUGUGUUAACUCAUGUCUUCCCAACACACCUCCUCCCUGCUACGUACCCAGACGGCAAUGGAAAGUUGCUAGCACGAACUGAGGUGGAGCGUAGAAGCCUUUACUUUGAGACGCUUGAAGCAAAUGAGCUAAUUCCAUCUCAUCUUGUUGACAUCGUGAAGGCAUGCCUUGACAACAAUCCUCAAGACAGACCGAGCUCAAACGAAAUGGCAGAAGUUUUGGAGAAUCUUUUGGAAGAGAGCGUGGAGUACAAGAAAGUGAUGGAGAAGAUGAGAGGCUUCCAAAUGUCUGACGAAAUGGAUGCACCACACCAACCUAGUACUGUGGCACAGAGGAAGGCUAGUAACCUGAUGACAAGAGUAACAGGAGGGAAUCCAUUCUUGUUGGAGAUGAAAAUUGCACAUGGUGGAUUUAGACGGAAGACCAUUGUUUGGAAAAAUUUCAUGUUCGAACUGGUUAAUGGGCAAUUUCUUAAGUAUUACACCAAACUGAAUGACAAGAAACACCAAGUUUUGAAGCUGGAGCAAGUUACUCAAGUAGCAGCAGUGCGUGGGAAGCCGAAAUUCCAUUUUACUGUCAGCACUGAGCAAAAGGGGGAAUACUAUCUCAGAGCUGCGACAGAGGAGGAGAGGGACUGCUGGGUACAAGCUCUCUGUGAUGGUGCAGGUCUUCAUUCUGAACCACCUCCUGACACUCCUCCUCAGCCACCAGAUGCAUACGACUAUGUGGAUAUGGCUUCAGUGAGGUCCCAGAAAAAAGCCUGGAAGGAGAAAAGAGAUGAGUAUCAAGGUCUUCAAACUCGAGACGCACCAGUUGAGCCUCAAGGUCCAGUCUACGAUAUUCCACAGCCUCCACGGACUGAGUAUUCACAAUUCAAACCUCGUAUCAAUGAGCCUACAGCCGAGGAUCAGUAUGAAGAGAUCAAUACUACCAGCAAGCUACGAAGCAGACCUGGCUCGACUGAUUUGAGCGACUUCACUCCCGAUCAACUCACCCUAUUGGUCGAUCUCCUGCAGCGAGUGGCUGAUAAUGGUCAGUAUGGGGUUCCAAUUCCAGUAUCUCCUCGCAGGAGAGCUCAACCAGAGUUGGCAGAUCUUUAUGACGACACAGUUGUUGUUAAAGCACCAAGAAAAAAGGGUAAUGUGUAUGCCCACGCCGAUUCUAACGAUUUCUAUGAGAGCAUUGUCGACGAUUACGAUGAACCGGCUGUACCAGUGAAGCCUUUGCCUCCCCCAAAGCCAAGUACACUGAAGAAAUCGAAACAGAAGCAAGGAAAACCGAGUGUUCUUGGCCUGCCAUACACACCUUCUCCCAGUACGGGAGACACCAAAAGGAAUACCAUCCAGUCAAUACUGAGUCAAUCAGCGUCCAAAGGGAGUGCUGUCUCCAUGCUGGUACCUGAUGAGGAGUGUGCCUAUGAUGUCAUCGGAAGUCAAGGAGCACAUCGCAGACCAAAUUGGGCAAGAGCAAAAACAACUACAACUCCGGAUGUUGAGGUGUCAAAGUUUCAAGACCUGAAAGCAUUGUAUAUCCCUCGGAAUCACCUUUACAACAUGGACUUCAUUGCAGAAGGUGAGUUUGGAGAUGUUUUCUGUGGCAAGCUCCAGAACUUGACGGGAGAAAUGAUAGACGUGGCAGUGAAGAGCCUUAAAAGGUGUGAGGAUGAGAAAGAGAGCAAAAACUUUGAGAUGGAGAUGGCCGCUUCUGCCGAUCCUAGCAUGAAGCACCCAAAUAUUGUACGCGUUUAUGGAAUUGUAAAAAUAGAGAAUUGGAUCGUGAUGGAAUACAUGCCUCUUGGAGACUUGAAGACAUUUCUAAUGAAAAACACUCGACCAGUGAGGAAGCUGGUCAAGUACAUGCUGGAUGUUGCAUUGGGAAUGCUUUUCCUCUCAGAGAAAGGACUAGUACACAGGGAUUUGGCUGCUCGAAAUGUUUUGAUGGGAACUCCUGGUGAGAUCUGCAAGGUGUCAGACUUUGGCCUUCUUCGUAGACUACCAGACGAUGAGGAGUACUAUGUACAGACAACGUAUGCCAAGUGUCCUGUUCGUUGGAUGGCUCCUGAAAGUUUAACUGACAAGAAAUUCUCCUAUGCUUCUGACGUGUGGAGCUACGGCAUCUUCGCAUGGGAGAUCUUCAAUCCACACGCUGUUCCUUUUGAGGAAUACAGCAACAUUCAAGUGGCCGCCAAAGUCUCUAGUACGCUCACACCUAUAAUCCCCAGCAACUGCCCUGAGGAUAUAGCCAGGUUGAUGAAGUCCUGUUGGAGGAAAGAACCAGCUAAGAGGCCAAGUUUUUUGCUCCUGGUGAAAGCUCUAACCGAAAUGAACUUUACGAUUGGUUUAAUUUAGCUCUAGCUGUCAAACUUAAUUUAUAACUGUUGUCUAUAAUUAGUUAACUUAGACACUUUUAUCUCCACAUGCAUGCACAGUUAAAACGAUAAAAAUAUUGUUUGUUUAGUUACA